AUGGCCAUCCGCGAGGACCUGGUCGCUUCGGCGGCGCAGUUUCUUCAAGACCCCAGUGUCGCCGCCUCGCCAAUCGAGAAGAGGAUCGCUUUUCUCCAAGCAAAGAACCUUUCACAGGAAGAAGUCAGCGCUGCGCUCGCCCGCGCCGAAUCAGGAGGCCCACCGCCGCCUUACGCCCAGUCGCCCGCCUAUGCUCAGGCGGCCGGUCCCGUCGCAGCACAGGGUGGUUCUCCUCAGUACUAUGGCUACCCCCCAUACGCAUGGCCGCAGUCAACUACCGAGGGCCCCAGGAGGGAUUGGAGGGACCUGUUCAUUCUGGCGACCGUAGUUGGAGGCGCAUCAUAUGGCCUGUACAAUCUUGGCAAGCGCUAUGUGUAUCCUCUUAUCGCUCCUCCCACGCCGGAGCGUCUCGAGCAGGACAAGAAGUCCGUUGACGAGCAGUUCGACAAGACCUUUCAGCUGGUUGAGCAGCUGGCCAAGGACACCGAGGUCCUCAAGGCUUCGGAGCAGGAGAGGACAGAGAGGCUCGACAAUGCCCUCGAGGAGCUGGAGACUGUGGUUAGGGACCUCAAGACUGCCAACAGACGCAGGGACGACGAGGCGCAGAGAGUACGGGACGAUGUGCAAAAUCUCAGGGACUCGAUUCCAAGGGCACUCAACAACCAGAAGGACUUGACCGACAACAGGCUGCGCGAGCUCAACACUGAACUCAAGAGCCUCAAGACCCUUAUCUCGCAACGCAUGAACCCAACCGCCACCUCGACUAGCGUCAACAACUACCUUCGCCCCAACGCUAACGGAAACGUGAUCCCUUCUUCAGCCCCUGCUACACCAGCCCUCGGCGGUGAGAAUGUGGACCCCAGCAGCAGAGCCGCGAGUGUGCAGGAUGAGCAACCCAGAUACCAACAGGAGCAGCCCAUCGUUCAACCUGCUGCCCCCAAGCCUUCGCCUUUCAGCAGCGGAAUCGCUUCCGCGGGCAAGCCGACUAUCCCUGCUUGGCAGCUGGCCAUGGCCAACAAAACCCCCUCGGCUUCGACGGUCGGAGUGACGAACGGUACUGCGAAUGAUGGAGCCAGCAGCAACGGAGGCGACGAGGCCGCUUAA